CUCCCUAGCUACUUUCCGGAAACGGAUAAGUUGGCAACACUUGUAUAAAACAACUCUUUCUGAGCAAUAAAUUGUUUUCUAUCAUCAUGCCACCCAAGCAAGAUUCAAAGAAAAAAACUGAUACCAAGGCUCCUAAGAAGAAGGAAGGAGGAGGAGGAAAGGCCAAGAAAAAGAAGUGGUCAAAAGGAAAAGUCCGAGAUAAGUUGAACAACUUAGUCUUAUUCGACAAAGCUACCUAUGAUAAAUUAUUAAAAGAAGUACCUAGUUACAAACUUAUAACUCCUUCAGUUGUAUCUGAAAGGUUGAAGAUCCGUGGAUCAUUAGCAAGGAAAGCCUUGGAAGAACUUCUUCAAAAAGGACUGAUAAAGCAAGUGAUCAAACAUCACUCUCAAAUCAUCUACACUCGUAACACUAUUGCUGGUGAAGUCCAGUAAUAUUUGGUAUUUAUAAUCAAAUUUUUGAUUAAUAAAAUGUUUUGAACUUCUAAA